ACAGCCCCAGACGCUGGGCUGCGGGCGGAGGCGGGCUGGGGGGGAGGGAAGCAGCCAGAGGGUUGCCGCUGCCUGCGCUGCGCCCAGGAGCGAAUUGGAAGAAUCCAGGAUGUCAAGGCUUUGAAAAAUACAUCUUAUUAGACUACCAUAGUGAAGCUGAAAAGGUAGAUGCAGUUUCAAGUACCAGGUUGAGUGACCUAGUUGAGUGUACAGGUUGUGUACACUAUGUGUAUGUAUAUACCCACAUAUUUCCAUAGCCACACUGACUUGUUCUUGCAUACUCCUGGGAGUUUCGCAAUUGAUGAAAAUUAACUUAAGAACCAGAUGGAGCAACUUGACAGCACAGAGAUCAAGAGCCCAUGGAAAGACACCUGCCACUAAUGGUCCGCUUUCCACAUGGUCUUCACGGGUGAAAAAGGUUUGCAAGAAGAGGAAGAAAGAACACCGUCUGCCACAGAACAAGUCUCACAAAUACCUCCACAAUCUAAAGGAAUAAUUGAGAGAGAGGCAGCGUGGGGAGGAAACUGACUUAGAUAUUGCAAAAGGAACAAUGAACUGUCUUUGGCACAUUUUUUGCAUUGACCUCAGUAUACUAUAAUUGAGUUUAAUGUACUGGACUAAUAAAUAGUGACCAUUUAUUGUGUGGUAAUGACUGGAAGAAAAUAAGUUUAGAAACAAUGGGACAAGUUUGGGCAUUGAACUGACAAACCUCAUCCUCUGUAUUGAGUUAACUGGGUCAUCGAACAUACUUUGUCCCUUCCUUUUUUUUCCCUCUUUUUACUUAGGAUGGUAUAAACUCAAAUGUUAUUCAUCUAGAACAAUCAGAACUUGACGUAUAUUUCCUUCAUGUACAGCUGCAAAUGUGGUCUUUUGGAACUAUGAAUCUGAGCUCUAGACAAGCCUCAAGAAGGAAGGAGUCCAUCAAACAAGGAAAGAAAAUAUCUAGGGAAAUAGUGAAACUGGGAAGUCAGAUUUCUAGUACUGUUCCUCUUUUUUUAUUUGUUGAUUAUUUUUCUUCUUUCCUCGAAUCCUAGAAGGUUUGCAAAUGAGUGCUUUCUUGACAUGCUUUAAUUUUGGCACUUGUUUUUGCAGCAGGAUGAAAAAAGUCUGAUUCUUUUGUAGCAGGAAAAAGGGAAAAGUAAAAGAAAAACAGCCUGAUGUGCAGUGCUAUUCUGUAGGAGAAUUUCAUGGUUCACCUGAGGCAAACUUAUCUGCUCUAAAAGCUUUAGAGGAUUUCUGAUUCUGCUAAAUGAAAAGGGGUUUUCUUUUUCAUGCCCAUGCGGCAGCGAGAAGUGGGAAAGCAGGCGAGAUAGCAUGAUAAACAAUUCAGGUUGUGUUGGGUCUCUGGUGGAAAAAAGAGCUGCAAUGAAAAUAGGACUGUCUUUGGAUUGCAAAAACCAUUGAAUCCACCGAGUAGAUUAGUACCAAGAGGGAUUUCCCAUCUGGCCUGACGCUGUGGUGCCUGCACAAGCUCGGAUCUGUUGUUUCGCACGGUUUGUGUGCCUUUUUUUCCCUUUAUGCAAUCUCUUUCAGCUUUAGCAGCAGAAAUUCGCUUGGCGGAGAAGUUAUGCCAGAGGGCAGCUUGGGAAAGAUGAAUGUCUUAUAUAUCUACAUGUAUAUGUGUGUGCGUGUUUAAAUUUCUGCGACUGAACUUUUGAAGAAAAUCUGACUGGAGGAAAUCUUAAAGCCUUAAGUUACUUGAAAUCUUUACACAUUUGCAACUCUUUGUCUCUGGAAUUGCAUUACGCUAAACUGGAAUCUCAGGCUGUAUAAAGAUAAUAUCAAAUUGAGCAAAAAGACGACUUACCACUUCUUGAGCGCCUCUUAUGAAGUAGCUGUUUCUCCAAAGGAUAAGUGCACCCUCACUCUAAUGACUCAAAGACAAAAGGAAUCUGAUUUUUUUUUAAGUGUUACUUUUUCUUAGCCAGCUGCCAUUGUCUUUUAUAGAAGAAUUUUUCACUAUGCAUUUGGUGGAUAUUUAUAAACACUGAUCCGUGUUCUCCCUUCCAAUGAUCUAUCCCAGGUCAGUCUUAUCAAUAAACAAAAUAAAAAUAAAAUUUUGUGCACUAGACAUAUUACUUUCUUAUGUCAACAAUUAAAGAUAAAAAAAAGCAUGUAUGCAGCGGUGGAGCAUGGGCCUGUUCUUUGCAGUGAUUCCAACAUCCUCUGCCUCUCCUGGAAAGGUAGAGUCCCCAAAAGCGAGAAGGAGAAACCAGUGUGCAGGAGGCGGUACUAUGAAGAAGGCUGGCUGGCAACAGGCAAUGGCAGAGGAGUUGUCGGAGUGACUUUCACUUCCAGUCAUUGUCGGAGAGACCGGAACACCCCUCAGAGAAUCAACUUCAAUCUGAGGGGCCACAAUAGCGAGGUUGUACUGGUGAGAUGGAAUGAACCGUUCCAGAAACUGGCAACCUGCGAUGCAGAUGGAGGAAUUUUUGUUUGGAUUCAAUAUGAAGGCAGAUGGUCUGUGGAGCUUGUGAAUGAUCGCGGGGCACAGGUGAGCGACUUUACAUGGAGCCAUGAUGGGACUCAAGCACUCAUCUCCUAUAGGGAUGGAUUUGUGCUGGUUGGUUCAGUCAGUGGACAGAGACAUUGGUCUUCAGAGAUUAACUUGGAGAGUCAGAUCACCUGUGGCAUAUGGACUCCUGAUGAUCAGCAGGUACUGUUUGGCACUGCUGAUGGUCAGGUUAUUGUCAUGGACUGCCAUGGCCGAAUGCUGGCACAUGUUCUCCUCCAUGAGUCAGAUGGCAUCCUCAGUAUGUCUUGGAACUACCCCAGCUUCCUGGUGGAAGACAGCAGUGAAAGUGACACAGAUUCUGAUGACUACUCCCCACCGCAAGAUGGUCCAGCUGCAUAUCCGGUCCCAGUGCAGAACACCAAACCACUACUCACUGUCAGCUUCACGUCAGGAGACAUUAGUUUAAUGAACAACUAUGAUGACUUGUCUCCUACUGUCAUCCGCUCAGGGUUGAAAGAUGUGGUGGUGCAGUGGUGUACACAGGGAGACCUGUUGGCUGUAGCAGGCAUGGAAAAGCAAAGUCAGCUAGCUGACCUAGGUAGCAGUGCCAUUCUGAAAAGUGCGCUCGUCAAAUUCUACAAUGUCCGUGGGGAACAUAUCUACACGCUGGAGACUCCUGUGCAGCGUCCUAUAAUCUCCAUUUGCUGGGGCCACAGGGACUCACGCCUGCUCAUGGCUUCCGGCCCUGCACUCUAUGUUGUCAGAGUAGAGCACAGAGUCUCCAGCCUGCAGCUCCUAUGCCAGCAGACCAUCGCUAGCUCUCUGCGAGAUGACAAGGAUAUCAGCAAACUGACUCUGCCUCCUCGGCUCUGCUCAUACCUCACCACUGCCUUUAUACCAACCAUCAAGCCUCCUAUCCCAGACCCCAACAAUAUGAGAGAUUUUGUCAGCUAUCCAACAGCUGGCAAUGAAAGGCUUCACUGCACGAUGAAGCGGACAGAAGAUGAUCCGGAGGUCGGAGGUCCAUGCUACACACUGUACUUGGAAUACCUAGGAGGACUGGUACCUAUCCUAAAAGGGCGCCGAAUCAGCAAACUGCGGCCAGAAUUUGUCAUCAUGGAUCCUAAAACCGAUGGAAAAGCAGAUGAAAUCUAUGGAAACAGCUUGAUUUCCACUGUGAUUGACAGCUGCAACUGCUCAGACUCCAGCGAUAUUGAACUGAGCGAUGACUGGGCUGCGAAGAAAUCUCCGAAAAUCACUCGAGCUAGCAAAUCACCUAAACUCCCCAGAAUUAAUAUAGAUGCCCGCAAAUCUCCAAAGUUGUCGCGAGCUGCUCAGGAGAUAUCAAGAUCUCCAAGGUUACCAAUAAGAAAACCUUCUAUUGGUUCACCAAGCCUAACUCGACGAGAGUUUCCAUUGGAAGAUAUCACUCAGCACAACUAUCUUGCUCAGGUCACGUCUAAUAUCUGGGGAACCAAAUUUAAGAUUGUGGGUUUGGCUGCUUUCCUACCAACUAACCUUGGUGCAGUGAUUUAUAAAACCAGUUUGCUGCAUCUCCAGCCCAGACAGAUGACUAUUUAUCUCCCUGAAGUGCGUAAGAUUUCCAUGGACUACAUUAACCUGCCUGUCUUCAACCCCAAUGUUUUCAGUGAAGAUGAAGAUGAUUUACCAGUAACUGGAGCAUCUGGAGUCCCUGAGAACAACCCUCCCUGCACCGUCAAUAUCCCUAUUGCUCCUAUUCACAGCUCAGCGCAAGCUAUGUCACCGACUCAGAGUAUAGGACUGGUUCAGUCCUUGUUGGCCAAUCAGAACGUGCAGUUGGAUGUCUUGACCAAUCAGACGACAGCAGUGGGGACGACAGAGCAUGCAGGUGAUAGCGCAGUGCAGUACCCAGUCUCAAGCAGGUACUCCAAUCCAGGACAGGUGAUUUUUGGAGGAGUGGAAAUGGGGCGCAUCAUCCAGGCACCGCCUCAGUUAUCCCUGCAACCGCAGGGUGCAAUACAGAUGGCAAUAAUGGAUCACAGAGAAGGAGACAGAGACCAUGAACAUCACCAAAAGGCAAAAACUUUACGGCCAGUGCAGCAGCUGGCAGAAGGGGACGCUGUUGUCUUCAGCACUGCACAAGAAAUACAACUGAACAAAAUGAACCCGCCCCCUCCUUACCCUGGAACCAUACCAGCCGCUCCCACUGGACCGCCGCCUCCCCCGCCUGUCCCGCCCCAGCCACCUAUGGAUCUCUGUCUGAAAAAGGGAGACUUUUCUCUUUAUCCAGCAGGACAUUAUCAGACCCCUCUUGGCUACGAGCGAAUAACGACCUUUGAUAGCAGUGGGAACGUUGAAGAGGUGUGCCGGCCUCGAACGAGGAUGCUGAAUACUUAUACCCUGCCGGGUCCCGGCAGCUCUGCCACUUUAAGAAUUACAGCAGCAGAGAAGAAAAUCCAGCAGCCCUGUUCCAGUGCUACCCUGAAUAGACUGACAGUUCCUCGUUAUUCUAUUCCGACUGGGGAUCCACCACCUUACCCAGAAAUUGCCAGCCAGCUGUCACAGGGCCGUAGCAUCACACAGAGGCUGGACAGUAGUAUUAUCCAUGCUACUCUGCGGAGGAACAGCAGAGAGGCAGCUCUGAAAAUGGCUCAGUUGGUCGACAGCCAAAGAGCCACUUUACAACAUCCAUCAAAACCUAAGAGCAAUGUUGUGACAGCACAGUACCAGCAGAGGGCACUGACAGCUUUAUACACCUGUAGUCAAUGCAGCAGCAGUAACAGCAACCCGAGUAGCAGCGGUGGUGGGAACAUCAGUAAUUCCAAUGCUAGUAACAGCACUUCCAGUAUUAGCAGUAUGAGGCCUGACGUAACCACUGGGAGCAGUUCCCAGCACAGUUCUGUCAUUGCUCACUCAGUCAGUACUUCGCCCUUGGCCUCCCAGUCCUCAUACAAUUUGCUGAGCCCACCAGAUAACUCUCGUGAUCGGACAGAUUAUAUCAACUCUGCCUUCACAGAAGAUGAGGCACUUUCUCAGCACUGUCCAGUGGAGAAAUCGAUAAGGCACAUGCCUGUAGCCUUGACAGAGGCUACUGUUGGGAAGCAGCCACCCCCAUACCAGUGGGACCCUGUGGUGAGUGAGGAGAUAUGGGUUCCUCAGGAAAGGACAGCUCAAAGUUCGGUGCCCAACCCUCUCAAACCUGCUCCUCUAAUUGGUCAAGCUCAGCAUCUUGAUAUGUCUCGAGUGCCAUUUGUUUCCCCCAAAUCUCCAACCAGUCCCCCUGCCACUUUCCAGAUGAGUUAUGGGGUUGCAGUACCUUAUCCAGGAAGCUACAGUGCCCCUCCUCUGCAGGGAAUGCAGGCCCCCUGCUCCCCCAAAGAUGCUCUGGCCCCAACACAGUUUGCACAACAAGAGCCAACUGUAGUACUUCAGCCAGGUUAUCCAUCUAACCUCUCCUAUUGCCCCUUGCCACCCAUGUAUCCAGGAAGUAGCACUUGCUCUAGUUUACAGCUGCCACCAAUAGCCUUGCACCCAUGGAAUUCCUACAGUGCAUGCCCGCCUGUACAGAAUUCUCAAGGCACUUUGCCCCCCAAGCCACUUCUAGUGGUGGAGAAACCAGUUAUGUCUCCACCGCCAGCAGAGCUUCAGGGUCACGUGGGCACAGAAGUAAUGGUGGAGACAGCAGACACCUUCCAGGAGGUUCUCUCCCUCACAGAAAGUCCUAUUCCUCAACGGACAGACAAGUUUGGGAAGAAGAACCGGAAGCGCCUGGAUAGUCGAGCUGAGGAAGGAAAUGUGCAGGCUGUCACAGAGGGCAAGGUCAAAAAGGAGGCAAGGACACUGACUGACUUCAACUCCCUAAUAUCCAGCCCUAGGCUAGGAAGGGAGAAGAAGAAAGUCAAGAGCCAGAAGGACCAGCUGAAGUCAAAGAAGCUGAACAAGACGAAUGAGUUUCAGGACAGUUCAGAGAGUGAGCCAGAACUUUUUAUUAGUGGGGAUGAGCUGAUGAACCAGAGCCAAGGAAGCAAAAAGGGGUGGAAAACCAAAAGGAAUUUGAGGACUGCCAGUGAGCUGGAUGAGUUCAAGUGCCGGAAGGCCAACGAAAAGGAGGAUGGGAGGCUGGGAAGCCAGGGCUUUGUGUAUGUGAUGGCCAACAAGCAGCCCUUGUGGAACGAGGCGACACAAGUGUAUCAGCUGGACUUUGGAGGACGGGUGACCCAGGAGUCUGCAAAAAACUUCCAGAUUGAGCUGGAAGGACGACAGGUAAUGCAGUUUGGAAGGAUUGACGGCAACGCUUACAUUUUGGACUUUCAGUAUCCGUUUUCUGCAGUGCAGGCCUUUGCAGUUGCUCUGGCUAACGUGACUCAACGCCUCAAAUGAAAAGAGCAGAAACUGGAGAGAGAAAACCCUUCUCCUAAUGUCCGAACUGGAAAAUGUCAGGGCGGCCUGUUUUAGGUGCAUGAAGGCGCCGGGGAGUGAAGAAGGCAGUAAAACUGGAAAAAUCUCUUGGUGCCCAAAAGAGGGCAUUAACUUUAGUCAUAAUUGCGGUGGGGGAGCUGUUUGUUUGGGUUGUUUUUUUGUUUGUUUUUUUAACAUCGUGUUGGGGUUUCAGAAAGAGCAUCAGGUGAGAGCCAUUCAGUGUUAUGUUGGGAAAUGUGGCUUUUGGCUUGUUGUGGUGGUUCUGCUGUGUUUGCUGCAGUAGCUGACGUAAGCUCGUAGGGGGGUAAAAAAGACUGCUCUCUUUGAUAGACUGCCGUAUAUCAUGCUGUUCUUUUUAAAACAGGGAACAUAACCUUUUUUUCUGGUCCAGUUUGUACUCCUACAUCAGUGAUAGCAGGAAAAAAACAAAAAAAGCUAUAAUACUUGAAGACACAUGUUUCUUCUCUGAUCAUAGCUGAGCACUGCAGGUACCCAGGAGGUUUAUGAAGGGCAAUAUUUAAUUUAUAAAUACUGAUGUAUUAUUCAGAAGAGAAGCAAAACUGUUACCAUUAGAUGGUUUCAAAACACAUUUCAUCGAAGAAGUUGGGUGUCUGCUUUUUGUGUGCUGUUACCUGGUAUAAAUGUAUUUCACUAGAUGAUGGAGAACAGUGCAGGGAGGAGUUGUGAGAGGUGCAUACAUAAGUGUAUAGGUAAGCAGUAUUCUCUGACUUGUACUACAUGUGUGUAGUACAUAAUGCAGCCUGGCGUAGCACAUGGGCAAGAGCUACACCUCUUCACUAAAAGAUCUUUACAUGUUAAGAACAGAAUUGUUCAAAUACAUAAAAUGGGCCCAGUGAGUAAAAUUCUUCUAAAUCCAUGGUGAAUCGGAGCAUUGCAUUAAUUGGGAAAGAGAAAGGCAUGUGAUGACAGUAGAGGAUUUCUCAUCACCGCCGGUUGGAAAAAAGGGAGAAAAGGAAGGAAAUAUUGGAGAGUACCGCCCCUUUCACCCACCUCCUAUUUGAGUACAGCAUUAUAGGCUGUCAUUUGAAUGGUUAACAGUCCAAAAAAAGAAUGGAAGGCCAAAAUGUAUAUAGCUGGUUAUGGCUUUUUAAUCACCUAUAUACAGUAACAAGACUGUUUCUAACUGCAAAUCUGUAUUAUAUAAGUCAAAGCCUGUGCUAGGUGUUUCAAUGGAUAGAGAGAGAUUCUGUUAUUGGUCUAGUGCUCUCUCUCUCACAUGCACACACAUUUCUCUGUUGAAUACAGUUUGAUUUGGAUAUGCUUCCCCAGUAACACAUGAAAAUCCUGAUCAUUCAUUAAAUUAAAUUCACAGUAGGUUGCAAAAUGUAACUGUCGAUUUCCUUUAAAAAUACUCUUUCAAAUCAGGACACAUUUAGAAAGAUGGGGUGGUGGCUGGUUUAUCUGUCUGUAAACCUCAGUUUUACUCCUUACUAGGAAACCCUUCAUAACUUGGUUUAAAACACAAACUAUACAUCAAGGGAAUAAAAUACAUCACUGUGAUUGUUUGAAAUGUCUGUAAAGGUAGGCUAGACUAAGUAGGCUUGAUUCAUUGCAGGGAACCCAUCGGGGGACAGGACCCCCAGUGGAGGAAGGGAUGCAGCAGCUCCCUGGCUCCAACCUUUACUAGGGACUCUGAAGCCAAACAACAGAGGGUAGGUAAUGCUGGCCAGAGACAGGUUUUGACAAGAAUAUCUAGGGAUGUGCUGAUUCAGAUGAUCUCCCAGGCAACCUCCACCAGUGUGGCCCCAGAAAGACCCACCUGCAAGAUAAUACCGUCCUUCUGUUAUGGAGCCCCUGGGGAGGAUGGUGGUAUAAUCCCUGUAUCAUCUUGGGGCUCAGCAGUCUCUGCUUGCACAUGGGAGUGGAUCAAGCCCAAUAUUUCCCUUGGCAUUAACUCUUCUAUUUGCUUUUAUGUAUUCACUUUUGUUGAAACUCCAUCAAUUAGGUGUAUAUCUUUCUGUUACAGAGGAACCACAUCUCCACAGUUAUUUAGUAGCUGAUUUUAGUGACAGCUUCUGGAGUGUGUGUGUGGAGGAGGAGGUAGACAGAGAUCAAAUGGGCUUGGUCCUGCUGACUUUGAAAUCAGUGGGAGUUUGCCAUCGACUUCAGUGGGAGCGAGAUUGGGCCGAAAGUGCAGAAUUACGUGCUGUUUAGGCAACAGACUUAUUCCUUACACACAUGAUUUCAAUGGCACUACCCAUAUGAGUGAGGAUUGCGAGGCUUGAUCCAAUGGUGCUUCUGAAGAGAUCCUAAUAGCUCUAAUUAAUCCCAUAAGCAACUCAUAAGCAGUAUUGAAAUAUUGAGAAAUGUGCACUGAACACGUUGAGGCCAAAAGCAUAUUGAUUCAUUUCUUCUUUUAGGAGGACAGGUAUUCUGUUGCUUUAGAGAAAUAAUCCUCUUAAAGAGACAUUGUCAACUAGUUUUAGGCCAAGAAUGCAGAUUUAAUGGAAUUAAGUAUGUUUGCGCAUGUGUGUGCUCAACAUACGUCAUCUAAAGAGAACUGUUUUCAUACUGCUCUUUUCUUUAACUUUCCAGGCAAAGAUUUGUCAUCUUUUCUCUUUUAACAUUCCCCUGCAGUAUUAUGAACCAAAUUAACAGCAGCAAUGUGCAAAUGCAGGAAAACCAGAAAGCAAAAGUGGCGAAAACUUAAGUGAAACCUGCCAGUCUAGUUUUAUUAUCCAGAAUCCAUUGGUAUUUGGUUCUGGUAGCACACACAGUGUCUUGGAGCUUUCCAGAUAUAGAAGAAGGCCUUGUUCCCACCUCACAGAAGCACAAAAACAAACAACACAAAUGGUGAAAAUGGUGAUUUCUGACUUUCAUUGUUUUUAUGUUAUAAGGUAUAGAGUUUUUCUUCUGUAAGUAUGCUGACAGUGUCCCUUUAAGGCAACAAUUUAAUGGCAUAAAGACUACCUACAGUUAGGGACAGAUUUUGCCCUCAAUUAAGUAUACACAAUUCCUGCUGAAGUCAAUUGAGUUGUGUGUGUGUGUGUGUGUGUAUAUCUCUGAGUGUACAAUUGGUCCUAAAUUAUGAAGACAGCAGGUCACAAUGAUCAUUGUCUUUUUUGUUUCUUUGUAUGUUGAGAGAAAAUUUAAGAAACAACUUUAAAAGCUCUCCAAACUAAUACUUCCACUAGGAUGAUCUUAAUCAUGAAGAUUGCUGUUGCAUUCAAGCCAAAACACUAAUUUUACAUUUUAUAUUUAAGUGUUGCAACCUAGUUUUUGUGUAGACAAUUGUAAGUUCUUCUAGGAAGAAAAUAGCAACAUGUUCUGAAUUACCUAAUUCUUUUAUACAUACAGUAGUUUCCAGUAGUUCAAUAUGGUUUUCAAAAGCUUUUGUUUUUAGUUGUGCAAUAAUUGUUAAGCCAAAGGGCUUACGGUUUGUUUUUGAGGGGUUGCGUUAUUUUUUAAAGAUAAUUUAAUGCAAAUUUCCUGUUAAUGUCUGAGUCAAAUUAUUUAUCUUGCUUAAUGUAAUAAGUGAUUUAGGGAUUAUUUUAUUACUAUGUACCAGUGACUAAGUACACACUUUCUUAUUUAUAUGAAAAGAGGAUCUUUGUAAUUAAUUGUUUGCCAGCAAUAUGUUUUGCUGCAAGAAAUUGUUUAAGAAUGUGUAUAGGACAACUUUUUUUGCUGGACAAUAUUCAACAUUUUAUAAUGUAGGGAAGAAUCUUGUUUAUCAGGCAGUUGGAAAAAGCAGAUAUGCUAUUGGGGAUUCUGUAGACUACAUACAGUGUAGAUUUUUUGGGGGGACCUGCAGAAAUCUGUCCUCUAUACUGUGUAUUUUCCCAUUGUGUUUUAACUGGCUUUUUCAGUCACGGAGAUGGUUUAAAAAACACAAAUCAUGAUUUGCUUUAUCUUUUCUUAGAGCUAGCUUUGAUUUUGUGGUACAGAAUAGAGGCGGGUUCAUGUAUAAAAUAAGUGUUUUAUAUAUGGCCCACUUUGGGUGACAUUCAUCUCAGUGCCGAGGGCUAGUACACAGCCUGUGCAUCACUGAAAUCCUAUUUAAGGGGCGAGAUUGCCUGUUGUGCUCAAGCUCCGCUCCUGUUACAGCUCCCUGAUUCUGAGGCUAAUCUGAGCUGACCCCAGCCCUGGGAAUGCUUAGAGUAGCUGAGAAGCUUUAAUUGGCCCUACAGUGGAGGCUAGGGAGAGCGGAGGACCUUCACACCAGCACUGACUUCCCCUAUGCCAGAGGAUUUCCCUGCUGGCUGACUUGCAGCCAGAAUCGAUCCCCAUUGCACUGCCUGAGUGGCGCAAAGAGGCCAGAUUUAAUUUGACAAUCUGGUUCUAGCCCUCAAAAUGUGGUGUAAGUGGGUCCAAAAAAUAAUACACAGACCUUGUCGGCCCUCUACAGAGGAGUGAAUUUCAUCCUGAGAACCACUGGUACUUUUCAGCAAUAGUACUAUGGUUCUAAAAUAGCAGAAAUAAAUAGGAGAGGGAGAUGAAAGUAGCAUAAAGGAAAAUUACUGAGUCAAGUUAAUAGUUUUACAUUCAUUCCCAGAGCAGACAAUGGCAAUUUCCAUAUGCAGUCAGAAUGAUCUUGCGUAUUAGUAGCUGUACAGUAAAUUUGCACUAGGGGAUACCUCAAAUAGGUAAACUCUGUCUUAAGCAACCUCUUUGAGGUAUCCCCAAGGUUUACAGUCCACUUCUGUUCCAUGUUUCAGUGAAGAUUCACUGCCACUAUGAGGCAAUCAGACUUUGCUUGCGCUUUGAGUUGUUGCUUCAGAUAAUUUGAGUGCAGUUAUUUCUGAAGCCUGUUUUUUGUGGCUAUGUUACAUCUGGGUGCCCAAUGAGCACUUAGCAACUGUGCAAAUCUUCAUAUGAAGAGGUGAACAUGGUGGAGGAGGAGCAGCUUUGACAAAAAAGAAAGAAAAAUUUGGCUUCUACUAGCUUGAAAGAUGGUGUUUGCCAGAGCAGUAGUUAGUUGCACUAUAAUAAAAGCAGCUAUUUCUGCAGGGCACAAACUACUCUACACUGGCAACCUAGUGCUAGGUUGCCAACACAAGAGUCCUAUUCACUUUAGUACAAUCCUGUAUGGGCACAAGGGUCUUCACGCAUGAAUCCUUCUCCGGGAUCAGGGCUUAAGGCUGUUGCUACAUGUAUCGUGCUGGAGUGAAUUAAGCUGUAUUACCAUCUCCCAGGAAUGGUCUCAAAAGGGAAUCGUUUUAAGAUUACAUUUUUUCAAGUGUGCACAAAUACACAGUCACACACAGAAACUUUAAGGAUUAAAAAAUCCAACCCAGCACUGAGCAUUGCAUGUUGAGAAAGAAGUUUUAGGAAAGAAUUGCUUUGGGGUUUUGACUGUUUUAGGCUGUAUCUGUGCAAAUAGGAAAAUAUAGCAAGAGCAGUUAAAGUAAGAGGACAAAGGAGGAGUCACUGAAGCAAUUGUUGUUAUUAAAAUUAAAAAACAACAACUCUAGGCCCAUAAUUCCGCAAAUGUGUCCAUGCAGUCAGGCUCCUCUACUAUACAGAUUGACUUGAAUUGGACUCUGCAAGGGUGUCUCCACACAGAUAAAAUUGAAUAAUUUGGACUAUAAUGACUUUGCGGGAUGAAAGACAACCCCAAACUACUUCUCUCUCUAAAAUGUGCACAGAAAUAUUGGAUUCAUAAUGGUAGAUGGAUGUAAGGCUCUGUAAAUGUUCCUAAUUGUUCCCCUCCAAUUUACACUAACUCCAAAUUUAAAAAUAAAAUCGGAUACAGGAGUUUUGGAUAGUGACAAAGCUGUCUGUCUGUCUGAAUGUUUACUUUGUUGGCCAGAUAACUGAUUGUGAAAAGAUGGCCAGAUUAACAUUGGUUCAAAUAAUAAAAGUAUUAAGAUUAAAAAUAAUAAUAAAACUGAGAGAAACGUUUUUGUAUAAUGUUAGCAGAUGAUUGCGUUUUCAGUAUUUCAUCAAAAUAGUGCUCAGCAUAGUUCGCAUCAAUCUAUUAUUUCUGGUUCCUUGUUGAUAAGAUUUGUAAUUUUUCUUUCCUUUCUUUUCGUAGCUUGGUCUCUGUUUUGCCUUUUGCUUCCUAUUCUUUUUUUUCUUACUGUGUUUUUCUCUUUUCUUUGUGGGUGCGUAUGUGUGUGUUGGGGGGAUGGUGUUUAAGAUCUUGUUUGUUGUAGAUACAAAAUAUGUAGUGUUGUUGAAUCGCAUGGGGAUGCAUUUGAUUGAAAAAAGGCACGGUAGUAUUUCCUGAAAAAGAUAUUUUUUUGCAUUUGUUUAUAAAUACAUUAUUUUGGUACUGUAACUUUGGACAUUUUUUCUGAAUCUAUUACUACUGUUUUUGGCUUUAUUUUUUUUAAACAAGUGUGCAGUCAUGCAGGUGCCGAGAUCCCUAGCCAAAUGACCCAGCAUGUUCUUUUCAAGCCUUCGGGGAAAUUGGUACACUGCUGCGUACUAUUACAUAGGUACACUAUUUUAAAAACAUAUUUCUGGAAAUGUUUUUUUUUAAAUAUGACAUUCUGAACCAGGUUUUCAUUGUAAUUAUAGACUUACCCUGUUCUGCCUCUCCUUUUAUGUAUCUUGUGUAAUAGAGUGUACGGGUGGUACCUAGAAAGCAUUAAUGGUUUCCCUUUAAUAAUGUGGUUUGUCCAAAUUCUUUACUGUCUACAUGAUUAAGAGAUGGACUGAUAGCCCUAUUUUUCCUUGAUGAUUUGGAGUUGUAAGAGUUGUCCAGCUGUUGCUUAAUAAAAUUUUGCAGACUAGAAAAUC